AUGCAGCAGUUCCUGGUGGCUCUGGAGGAAGAAGCUGUGAAGCUGGACAGGAUGAAGAUGGGGGCCAGCAUCUCCAGUGUGGCGGGCAGCAGUGUGAGCCUCGUGGGAGGCAUUGCAUCCAUCGCGGGCCUGGCUCUGGCCCCUUUCACGGUGGGGGCAUCGCUGACCCUCAUGAUGGUCGGCGUUGGGCUGGGGGUCACCAGUGGCUUGGGCAGCUUAGCUACAGGUAUCACCGAAUUAUCGGUCAACACUCACCGCAGGAAGAAGAUCAAUGAAAUCUUCCAGAGAUUCUCUGAAGAUGUGAAGACUAUGCAGAAGUGUCUGGAGCAAGUGGCCAGGUGCAUUAUACCCAACACGGUGCCAGAUGGGCUGGAUGUUGCGACACGUGUUGUGACUUUAGCCAAAACCACACAUUCCGUGUCUAAAGGGAUAGAUGGCUUAGUGGAUUGUGCUUCCGCCAAAAAGGUGCUCAGAGCCAAAGAGUUGGCCUCAAAGUCAAAUGCUGCCCGAAAGAUUCCAAACAUGGCGGACGAUCUCGGGCAGUUGGCUAAGGGCACUCCCCUCGCCCUAAGCAAGUCUGCCAGGGCGGGGUUCAUUGCCCUCAACGCCUUCUUCAUUGGCGUGGACAUCUUCUUCAUCUACAAAGACAGCAUCAGCCUGGCCAAUGGGGACAAGAGUGAUGUGUCAAAGGUCAUCCGCAGGAGGGCCAGUCUGUGGAAGACCGAGCUGGAUGCAUGGGAGAAGAUCUAUCACUCUCUGUGCAUCGGGAGAUUGAGCUUCGAAAGGAUGAUAAUAAACUUGAACUUGCACUUCACUGUGGCAGAACAAGAUUCCAGUCAGAGGAGGCUGCUCAACUUUGCUGAAGUUCGAAUUCGGACAGCGCUGGACAAGAGCUCCAGACAAUAA